AUGAAGUGGAGCUUAUCGCUCUCUUCCACUGAUGGCCAUCCAGAUCAGAAGCAUUCGUUCGAAGCCCUAAUUGCCAAAUAUGCCGAAACCGGCGCCCGCAAAUUUAUGCCAUCAAACUUGGCGCUAUUCCUAAACUUGGCAACAACAUUGGCUUCCCUUCGGCCUCUGACGGCAAAUCAGAAAGACUCGGUUUAUUAUUGCACGAACGACGAAUUGAGAGUUGGACAAUUUUUUAUCGGAAAAUUCAAAUAUACGGAUCGUUGGCGUUGCGUGAAGGUAGUAACAAUCCUUUCGAACAUACUCGACGUAGCCCCGCUCGAUAACGGAAUCGAAGUGUACCUCACCGUGUUUCAACGAAAUGUGCCCUAUGACGACAAUGAAUAUCCAAUGGCAUAUGACCGUUACAUCGGUCGAAUUACGGAUAAAUUCGAGCAGUUGCCACAAGAUUGCAGUAAAGGUGUGCGUAUUGCGGUUAGAAAGAUGAAGGUUGGCAAUGAAUAUCAAUGGUGUGUCUAUAAAGUUAUGGAAACUGAUUUUGUGCAUGUCGCGGCGACACACAUGGCGCCGCGAAUGGCGACGUCGCGAACGAUGAUAAAUGACGUCAUACCGUUUUUGUUUUCCUAG